GAAUCAACCGGAGCGCGUUUGGUGUUGUGCCGAGGAGGAGCCCCAACCCAAGCUAGUGACCGGAAACGGGUACCGUAUUCGCUCCAUUCAUCAUUUCCCGUGGGCCGCCGCCAGGAAACGCGUGCCUUUCGCUGAUCGUCACCAGGCGUCGUGCGAUUCAAGAACGUUAGAACCCCGACCGCACCGUGAUCGCCGUCCGCGUCCCCGCCGAUUAUACAUAUUUUAAAAACUGUGCAAACGUUCCCGGAAUACAAAUUGGGAUCCCUCUGUGUGAAGGGGCGUGACUCACGAGCUCCGUUCCGCGAUAUCAGGUUGAACUUGAAAAAAAAACCCGAAAGAUUGAGCAGCGUGGUGCUGGUGACCGUGCGACCGCGUGUGUGCGUUUGCCCGUGUUCUACCCACCCGAUUUGCAGCAUAUUUCCACUGGAACGUCCCAAAACACGGAGAAGCGGAAGCAUCGUGUCCAUCACCCAAAGACCACCAUGACCUCGGCGGUGCAUUUCAGCGCGCAGCAUUACCUCGUGUUCUUCGCAGGAUUGGCCAUCGUACUAUGCUCGCUGCUCGGUGAUGCUGUCGCAGCCAGUGGAAGUGCCGGUGGCGGAGCGAGCGGCGUCGCCGGCGGAGGCCGAGGAUCCGGCCCGUACAAUUACGGCACCGGAGUGGCAGGUGGCAGCAUCGGUGGGCUCGGUGGCGGCGGUAUGCGCCGUGGCGUCUACGGCCCCGUUGGCCUUGGAAACCCGCAUGAUAUUGCACCGCGGUACGCGGCGGCCCCGGGAAGCUCGGCCCAGACCCAGGCUCCGGGGCCGGGCAAAUCGAGCCACCACCGGCUGUCGGCCUGGGGAAUCAUUACGAUUGUGACGUUCGUCAUACUGAUCGGGGCCGGCGCGUACUGGGGCUUCAUCUGCUAUCCGUUUUUCUGCAAGAAGGAGCGCAACUACAACAUGAUGCUGAACAUGUCGUCGGCCACCACGGCGACCCCGUCCACCCGGUCGACCGAGUUCGAAAAGCUCGAUCACUGCUGCUCCAAAUCGACCACAUCGACGCGAAGCAACGACACGGGCAUCAGCAACAUAUGAGCGGCACCGGCGGGGGGGCUGGCGACAAAUCGGGAGCUGUGACGCGAUCCUCACGAUCGCACGCGCGUUGGUGUACGAAUGAUCAACGAACCGCGCAUUCCAUCAAUCACGGUUCUCUGGCGCGGACAACGAACGCUGACUAGCGUUAAUUUUGAGAAUUGUAGCGACUAUCCAGCGGCAGAAGCGUCCCCUAUUUAGGGCUUAAUCCUCUCGAAAUCAAAAGCGACACCCUUUUGAAUGACUGAUUUUAGCAAACCCGCUACUACUUUACACUACUUUUUCCGAUCGUGCACCCCACAAAGCGCCACGAUGCAUUUAUCCGCUCGGAAGGGACCGCAGGACACGACAGACGGCACAACUAUUUUUGAUAAGUCAAGUGAUAACCUGCGAAUAUAGGCUAGGCUUAGGACGGUAAGAUAGAACAAGAGAUAC